AUGUUCGCCGCCAGACGCUCUGCUGCCUCGACGCGGCAGCUGCUGCGCCAGCCGCCUCGUCGGUUUGGCUCCCACUCCGCCCACUCCGAGCCCGUGAACGAGGGCUUAGGCCGCAGUCUCUACGUCACCGCUGGUUCUUUCGCCUCCGCGUACAUCCUCUACCGCAUCAGCAAGGCCAACCAGGAAUCCGGCUCCGAGUCCUUCAUCUCCGGGCUGAUCAGCAAGUUCACCACCUCGCAGGAGGUGUUUGAGCAGCGCAAUGCCAUCCAUACUGCUCUGCUCGAGAAGGCCGCCGAGGACCGCCACCUACUCCAGUCCCAAGGACCCCGCGAGGCCUUCGAGCUGAAGCAGCCGGAUUUGUUCAACGCUCGCCCCCCAUACAACGUUUCUCCCGGCUCCCAGGCCGAUCUUAGCGCCGUCGUGGCCCACUACGAGCGCCAGAACAAGGACAUCGAGGAGGCUCGGGUUGCGCGGAUGAAGGACGGCAAGGUGCAGUCCAUCUACGAGUAA